GAGGGACAGAGGAGAAAUCGACUUCUCUGGCUGUAAACAGGACAACGAAAUGGGCAGAAUUGGGAUCGGAACGGCCUCGGCGUAUACAUGACUUGCUGGACACACGAUCUGGGAUGGGAUCUUAUUAUUUCUUGUCGCUUUUGUGUUUAUUUUCCGGGGAGGGAUGCAUGCAGUUCACCAUCGACACGGUCCCUGGACGAACCAACAUCUCCUCCGAUGACUCGACUGCGCAACAAUACCAACACGAUCAGCAAAUAUGCACACAUAGACCCCAAAGCAAAUUGAAAGGGGGGGCCGAGAAAGACGAAACACCAGGGAAAGAAAACAGACGCGAAUCACCACGUCAUCGGGGCUCCGUCGACGACUGCGAAACACGACACGACGGGAAACCAGACACCUGUGGGGGUUCAUGCAAAACCCAGGCCCCCAUCACGGCAUCGCGGUGUGAAGUGGCAUAAGGCCAGAACGGCGGUCGAGGCCCCACCUCGCCACUUUAAACCCUGGUCUGGGAGUUUGACGGCUGCGAUGACAAACUCGGCGCAGUUGGAGUCUU